AUAGCUCAGAGGAGACUAUUACUAGCAUUUUAAGUUUAUAUAAUGAGGACAAGUCGAGUAUUCUAGAAAACUUGGAAAAUCGUUUGGCUACUACAUACAAGGUUGAAGUUAAUAUCCAAAAACAAUUGAAGAAGGAUGGGAAAUUUUAUGAGUCAAUUGUAAACCAUUUUGAUGAAACGUCGGAUAUCGAUCAUGAAAUGCUUAUUACGGUAUUCAAAUAUGCAAAAUCAACCACUGCUAGCAUAACGAAUAAGUUUCUUGAUACUGACAACGAAAGAACAGAAAGCUCUCUAUUUAAUUAUGAGGCCUCUAAACAUUGCUAUCGUUCAGAAAUUGUAAAUCUUUGCCUGCGGAAAAAUUUGAAAAUGAUUGAAUGUUUUAUAUGGCUUGAAAGUGGGGAAAUUGCGAAUGAAAUACAAAAGAUGCAACGAAAUGAUACUAAGAAGCCGAGGCACUUUAUAAAAAGCACUAAUUUAUUCCAUUUAUGCAUCAUAAAUAACGGUUUAGAUAGUGAAGACGGAAAAGUACUAGUAGCGGUGCUUGAUAGUAGGAAAAAUGCCUUUAAUAAUGACAUAAUAGAUAGAAAUAUUGAUUUAGAGAAAUUAUAUAAG